AACAAUGUGCACUUCCGGUAUUAAAUCGACUUAAUGACUUGUAACGUAGCAUUGUCGCUGGAGGCGACUUUGCCACGGAUAUGAAUUGUCCAGCACCGUUGUUGUUUUAUUCACGUUUGUGGCUCACUUCGAAUGACAACCCAUGAGGGACGGACACGAUAUUCACGUAGUGAAAACCGUCGAAGUAUUGGCUGCAUGGAGGUCGUUGACAGUCCGCUUAAUCUCGCUCAUCAGCAAUGCAGGAAGGCUGAUCGGUUGCUUGCUGCUGGAAAAUAUGAAGAGGCAAUUUCAUGCCAUGGCAAAGCAGCAGAACUUCUGACAGAAGCGAAGAAGACAACAGACUGUAAACAGGCUCAUGUGUCCAUGGAGUUGCAGAGGGAGAGGCAUAUUAAACAACAGCAUCUCAUCCAAGAGCGCUGGAAGAGGGAAGCCCGUCGGGAGGCUACAAAAACCCGCCCGGGCUCAGUACCACCUUGUAAAAGCCAUACCCUCCUCAUGCCAUCCCAAUUAGCAGACCAGACCCAAAUCCCACCCACCCCCUUAGCUGUUGUGUGUGCAGGAGGUAUGGAGAGAGAGUAUGACACUCUACUCUACCAGCUUCAAACUCGGCAAUUCGGAACUCUCCAAACCAUGACGUCUUGUUCUGGCUCUAAGACCACCAAAGAUGACAAAACUCGCCUGGAAGAACAACAGACCACAAUUGAAGACUUAAGGCGCCUACUUAACCAUCUGAUGGAUGAGAACCAGCGGCUCACCUCUGAGAAUGAGAGGCUACAAUUCGAAAACACCCAACUGCGAGCUGAGGUCACUGAUGUUGUGGAGCGCUCUGAGCUCUGGGUGCUCCCUCAGGCUGGAGGCACCAUUGCGACUGUGAGCAACCAGGAGAGAAAAAGCACAGGGAAAGGGAAGGAGAUAGCAAUUCCUCAGCUUCCCCCACUGGAGAUGCCUGCUCAGGAAGAUCUAUGUUUGGAUGACCUGCCUCCUCUGGAGCUUUCAGAGGACCUCCAAAAUCAACUACAGGAGCUGCUGGACAAAGACAAACUGUGAUAAACACUUUUGGGUUGCCUUUUUAUUCCAUACAUAGACUUCAGGGUUCAAACUGAUUUCCUUCUAUUUGGUUUGGAUCCCAAAAAAUGUGGCACACAAAUACUUGGAAUGACACCAGAGCCAGCUCUGGUUCAGCUUCACAGGUAUGGUCAGACAAAAAAAGUACAACUAAUUUAAUUGACUCAUCACAAGCCCUAUCAACCUAAGAAUUUUUCUCAACUUCUUUGUUUUAAUAUCAGAGUGGUCGCACAUUUAAGAAUGAUGUGUAGUCGACCCCUGACAACAAUUGUUGUGAAGAUUAAGUACCUUUUUGAAAUUCCACUCAUGGUACACUAGCUAAAACGGCCAGUGAAUUUACUGCUAUUAGUUCACUGUUACAUGUGCCGUGAAAAAGUAUUGACCCUUUUCUGAAAGUCUUGUUUUUAUAUUUCAGAUCAAAGACAAGUAUAACCCAAGUGAACUUAAAAUGUUUUUAAAUGGUGAUUUCAUUCAUAUUCAAAGUUACCUGGGCCUGAAUGGAAAAAGUAGUGGUUUUCUAAACCUAAUAACUGGUUGGGCCAUCCUCAGCAGCAACAACUGAAAUCAAGCAUUUUCUAUGACUGCCAUUGAAUCUUUCACAUUUCUGGCCCACUCUUUCAUCCAGAACUUUUUUUUUUAACAUGAACGGCCUUUUUUUUUAAUGUCAUGCCACUUCAUUUCAAUCAGAUUCAAGACUUUGACAAGGCCUCUCCAAAACUUUCAUUUUGUCUUUCCGACCUAUUCAGAAGUUUGAGUUGCUUGCAUUUUUGAUUGUUAUCCAGCUGCCAAGAGUGUGGUUCAGCUUGAGGUCGAAAACUGAUGACUAAACAUUAGACCUAAUGCCUAUUUGAUCGGCAUGAUCAGAUUGGCCGAUAAUUGGCAUUGUCUUGCUGAUCGGUUUUGAUGUCAUAAUUCCCCAAUCCAAUCAAUGAUGUCAUUCAUCAGCUCCGAGAGACAUUUAUUCCGGGUUGCCGUCAUAAACACUAUGUCUAAAUCUUAGUUUGUUUUUAUAAAGUAGCUGUUUUUGUUCAUGUCUUUCUAUUUAGUACUGAAAAUAUUUGACGGCCAAGAAUUUUUUUUUUUUUUAAAUGGCGCAAUGGGAGAGACGAGGUGGCUGAGAGACAGCACGUAAUACGCAGCUCAAACUACAAAACAAAAUUUGCUAAUUCACGAGCUUCACUGUAAGACUACGGCAAUAAAAUGCUGUUUUCCGACUGCA